CUUGCCAUCAACUUUUCAACUUGUCACUCAUCGACACAACUUGCGUUUCCACCGUGUUCUUACAGUGCCCACAUCAUAUCUCUGUAUGGUACAUUGCGCUACACUGUGUAUAGCUAUGUGUGUCUGCACCAUGGUGGGCCUUCACGCGUACGGUUCAAGCUUCGCGUUGCGUUCGAACGGUACCAAGGCGUUUAGCAUUCGUUAUGCGAAUGGUAUUAUUCCUUUCGGCUUGAAUUAUGCUACCCACAUGUUAAUUUAUUACUGACUAGUAUCCUUAUUCUUGGCAGUCACGAUCCUGUCGACAACUGGCGAGCCCUAGAGUUAUGCAGAUGCCUCCGUCUUCCGAGUCCAGGAAAUG